CGCGGCCGCUGGAACACGCGCCAUCUUACGCGCUCCGCAGCCAGCGAAGGGAGCCUCAGCAAAGUCAAUGCCCACAUCCCGCUUUCUCUGCGUUCUCGGGUGUUGAGAUGCCCGGAACACGGCAAUUCACGUUCCGGUGGGCGUGCGACGUGACCUGUCUAAAUCAUCGACGCAGGCGGAAAGCAAUCACCCUCCUUCUUACUUCCGGACACCAUGUCGGCCUACAAGACUUCGACUGCGAAGGGGGACGAUGCCGAGGUCGCGUACAAGCGCACUGUGGCUCGUAUUCAGCGCAUUCAGAACCACCUUGAGCAUGAACCCCGUGGGGGAAGGUUGAAGGGGAAGGUAUGCAUCGUCACCGGCGUGGGGUCGUUGAAGGGCAUUGGUCGUGCGUCCGCUAUUCGCUUCGCGCACGAAGGAGCGCGCCAUCUAUACCUUCUCGACUUCGACCCGACCAACCUCCCUGACCUCAAGUCGACUAUCGAGAAGAAGUACCCCGACGUCAAGGUGACCACAAUCCAAGCGGAUGCCUCGGACGAGGCCGCUAUUAAGGGUCUCUGCGACCGGGCAAUCCAGGAAGAGGGCCAGCUCGACGUCUUCUUCGCAAACGCUGGCUGGGCUUCGCGCGACCCUUUGCAGACCUCGUCGGUUGAGACUUACGAGAAGACUAUGAGGAUCAACGUCCGCUCGUGCUUCUUGGCUGUCCGCUAUGCGUCGGAGGCCAUGCUCCAGCCGAAUCCUUCCGCUGGGAAGGAUUUCAGCGGUGGCAGCAUCAUCCUCACUGCCUCAGUCGCAGGUAUACGCUCUGGCGCUGGUACUGUAGAUUACAGCGCUAGCAAGGCUGCCGUCAACAGCAUGGCAAAGACGGCCCCUUACCAGCUGCGGCGCACGGACAUCCGAGUCAACAGCAUCUGUCCUGGACUCAUUGAAACCGGGAUGACCGCGGACCAGUUCGAGUACGCUCAAGCGCGCGGGUCCACUGCGAAGAUUGGGCAGCUCAAUCCCUCUGGACGAUUCGGUGUACCCGAAGAAAUUGCCAACGUCGCGCUAUUCCUCGCAUCAGACGAGGCAAGCUAUGUGAACGGUCAGAACUGGGCCGUUGACGGCGGUCUAUCCGCCUCUCACCCCGUUAUUCCCGGCAAAUGGGCUUGAUACCACAAGCUAAACAUAACAAACGUCUCGCACCGCGCCGUUGUCCAUACCACGUGAUACCAUUAGGCGCGGUGCCAUGUCGACGAGCGGUACAUACACUGUAGUUACAUAGGGGGAAUCUGUACUUCUUGGACUAAGAUGUAAGACAGGCGUGACAGUAGCUGUCCACGCCGGGAGGGGAAAUGAAUGAUCGAUACUGAUAUGGCAGGUUUUGUUAGCGGAAG